GCGCGCAGUCCAGCCGCGCCUCCGGAAGCGGAAGUGGCCGCGGCCGCUGACCUCCGGUCUGGGUGCUGGGCGGAGCGGCGCGGCGGGCUGAGCGGAGCCACGCGGGCGCCAUGAAGGAGACGGACCGCGAGGCGGUGGGCACGGCCGUGCAGCGGGUGGCGGGCAUGCUGCAGCGGCCCGACCAGCUGGACAAGGUGGAGCAGUACCGCCGCCGCGAGGCCCGCAAGAAGGCGUCAGUGGAGGCGCGGCUCAAGGCUGCCAUCCAGUCACAACUGGAUGGGGUGCGCACAGGCCUGAGCCAGUUGCAUAGUGCCCUCACUGAUGUCAAGGACAUACAGCGAUCCCUAGCUGAUGUCAGCACAGACUGGAGGCAGAGCAUCAACACAAUCGAGAGCCUCAAGGACGUGAAGGACGCUGUGGUGCGGCACAGCCAGCUUGCUGCUGCUGUGGAGAACCUGAAGAGCAUCUUCUCAGUGCCUGAGAUUGUGAGGGAGACCCAGGACCUCAUAGAACAAGGGGAGCUCCUGCAGGCCCACCGUAAGCUCAUGGACCUGGAGUGCUCUCGUGAUGGGCUGAUGUAUGAGCAGUACCGCAUGGACAGUGGGAACACGCGUGACAUGACCCUCAUCCACAGCUACUUUGGGAGCACACAGGGACUCUCUGAUGAGCUGGCCAAACAGCUAUGGAUGGUGCUGCAGAGAGCAUUGGUCACUGUCCGCCGUGAUCCCACCCUCCUGGUCUCAGUUGUCAGGAUCAUCGAAAGGGAAGAAAAAAUAGACAGACGCAUCCUUGACCGGAAAAAGCAAACAGGCUUUGUUCCUCCUGGGAGACCCAAGAAUUGGAAGGAGAAGAUGUUUGCCAUUCUGGACAGAACUGUGACCACUCGAAUUGAGGGCACGCAAGCCGACACCAGGGAGUCCGACAAGAUGUGGCUUGUGCGCCACCUGGAGAUCAUUCGGAAAUAUGUCCUGGAUGACCUCCUUGUGACCAAGAACCUCAUGGUGCAAUGCUUCCCUCCGCAUUACGAGAUCUUCAGGCACCUUCUACAAAUGUACCAUCAGGCUCUGAGUACACGCAUGCAGGAGCUCGCAUCUGAAGAUCUGGAAGCAAAUGAGAUUGUGAGCUUGUUGACGUGGGUCUUAAACACCUAUACCAGUGCAGAGAUGAUGGGGAACGUGGAGCUAGCCCCAGAGGUGGAUGCCAGCAGCCUGGACUCUCUUCUCUCUCCACACAUGGUCUCAGAACUGCUCGACACCUACAUGUCAACCCUCACUUCCAAUAUCAUUGCCUGGCUGCGGAAAGCACUGGAAACUGACAAGAAAGAUUGGUUACGAGAGACGGAACCAGAAGCUGACCAAGAUGGCUACUAUCAGACCACGCUCCCUGCCAUUGUGUUCCAGAUGUUUGAGCAGAACCUUCAAGUUGCUGCUCAGAUCAGCGAAGAUUUGAAGACGAAGGUGCUGGUUCUGUGUCUUCAGCAGAUGAGCUCUUUCUUAAGCAGGUAUAAAGAAGAAGCUCAGUUGUACAAGGAGGAUCACCUACGUAACCGCCAGCACCCACAGUGCUACGUGCACUACAUGGUUGCCAUCAUUAACAACUGCCAGACCUUCAAAGAAUCUGUAGUCAGCCUGAAAAGGAAGUACAUGAAGAGCAGCUUGGACCCAGACCUGUCUCUGAGCCAACCCAGUGUGGAUGGAAUUCUAGACAGCAUUGCACAGGAGGGCUGCAGCAGCCUGCUGGAGGAGGUCUUCUUGGACCUAGAGCAACAUCUCAAUGAGCUGAUGACAAAGAAAUGGCUUAUCGGCUCCAAUGCUGUAGACAUCAUCUGUGUCACCGUGGAGGACUACUUCAAUGACUUUGCACGAAUUAAGAAGCCAUACAAGAAGAGGCUGACAGCUGAGGCGCACAGGCGUGUGGUGGUGGAGUACCUGAGGGCUGUUAUGCAGAAGCGCAUCUCCUUCCGGAGUGCAGAAGAACGCAAGGAGGGCGCUGAGAGGAUGGUCCGGGAGGCUGAGCAACUUCGAUUCCUAUUCCGGAAGCUGUCUUCUGGACUUGGCGAAGAAACAGAUGGACACUGUGACACCAUCGUUGCUGUUGCCGAGGUCAUUAAGCUGACAGACCCUUCUCUACUCUACCUGGAAGUCUCAACGCUGGUCAGCAAAUACCCAGACAUUAGGGAUGACCACAUUGGAGCGUUACUGGCCAUGCGAGGGGACGCCAGCAGGGACAUGAAGCAGACCAUCAUUGAGACUCUGGAGCAGGGCUCUGCUCAGGCCAACCCCAACUAUGUGCCCAUCUUCAAGGAGAUUACUGUCCCCAGUCUGAAUGUGGCCAAGCUCCUCAAGUAGCCCAUGCCACCACUGUUUGCUAAGUCAUACUCCAGCCAAGACUCAGUCCACACUGGGUGUUAUAGACCUGGGUGCCAUCUGCAAGACUCUCAAGCAUGAGAACCUCCUUGGUGAGGUAGGACAAUGAGGGAGGACCAGGAGGCCUAGAUUGAGCACUCCCACUCUUCUGUGUAAUAAAAGCAUGUCACUGCAUCUGUGAGAAGUGGAGUGGGUGCAAAAACUGCUGGGGGGGGAGGGUUGGGGAUCUGAUAGGUGCCUUUAGACUAGAGGCAGCCCAGAUCUGAAACUCAGUGUCCUGCCAAUGCACUGGGGAGAAUGCUUUAUAUCUCAAAGCAAAUGGGAGCCUGCCAGUGUGCUUGAACUUCCUGUGCCUGUCUCCAAGACUGGAUCCUUCCACCUCAGGACCUCCCCAGCUUAAAACUCACAUCUGGAAAGUUCCCCUGGAAGCCCCCCAAAUUGCCAAUUGGUGAAAGAACAUCUUCCAAGUUGGAAAAUACCCAUGCUCGUGCUCUCUUGCUCUCCCUGUUUUUUGUGGGGUUUUUUGUUUUUGUUUUUUGUGAAGCAAAGGACUUUUUAUUGAAGCAUGGAUGUGAGGGAGGAGUAAGUGAGAAGUACAUGCUCAAGAAUGAACACAGAGGCUGGAGUGAUAGCACAGAGGGUAGGGCGUUUGCCUUGCACGCGGCCGACCCGGGUUCGAAUCCCAGCAUCCCAUAUGGUCCCCUGAGCACCGCCAGGGGUAAUUCCUGAGUGCAUGAGCCAGGAAUGACCCCUGUGCAUUGCCGGGUGUGACCCAAAAAGCAAAAAAAUAAAAAAUAAUAAUAAAAAAAAAAUGAAUACA